AUGAACGUUGAAAAAGUAGAUAUUUUGGAAAAGAUGCGGUCAAUAUACUUGACCUUUUUCGUUAUCGUGUCGACAUGCAACCCGACCGCGCAGCAGCCGACAUUCUUCAGAAACACAUUCAAAGGACUGAACGGCUUCUCGCCGAAGACUCAUGCAAAUGACGAAAUAAGAGCCGUUUAUUAUCAUGAGCAAACAGUGGCAAUAGUUGAUCUCGGCCCGCGAAAUGAACUGCACGAUUGCAAUAUAAUUGAAGUAUACGAGCCGUUCGAGGCUACGGACGUUAUACGAAAUUUGUCUAUGAUUUUACACCCACAAGUGGUAUCCUUCCAGGAGUUGACAAGACUCAUGCAGCAGUGCGAAUCAUUGGACAGUUAUCAAGUAGAGGGCACGUCUACUUUGCCCACAAACGCAUUAAGCAGAGGAUCUCGCAUUGCUGCAAGUUCGAUUACUCUGCUGUCCGGUAUUCUGCCAGGCACAAAAUGGUGCGGCACGGGUGAUAUAGCAGAAAAUUAUCAUGACUUGGGCGAUUUGCCUCACAUUGACAGGUGCUGUCGUACACACGAUCUCUGUCCUAUAAAAAUCCGAGCUCAACAGACCCGAUAUAAUCUCACUAAUUAUUCAUUGUAUACUAAAUCACAUUGUACUUGCGACAUGGUGCUUUAUCACUGCUUGAAAGCUGCCAAUCAUCCAACAGCGAAUCUGAUGGGGCAAAUAUAUUUCAACCUGGUCAAGGUGCCUUGUAUAGAAGACACUGAAAGAAACAAUUUACGGAAAUUAUCUAGGAAAUUUGUAUCUGUGAAAAGGGAAUAUUAA